AUGAUUUGUGCUCAGGGUCCGAUCGACGAAUCAAUUGCCAACUUCUGGACGAUGAUUGUGGAGCAGAAUUGCGGGGUCAUCGUCCAGCUCUGUCAAAAUCAAGAGGAAGGCCGUGAGAAGUGUGCAGACUACAUCCCUGCCGAGCCAACGCUUUAUGGGAACACGACCGUAUCUGUCAAGGAGUCAACCCAUGCUACCGUAGCCAACCCAAGCGUUCACCGGACAGUUAUCGAUGCGUCACUUCCGAGCGGUCGGAGCGUUGAGGUCGUGCACUUUCUCUACGAUGGAUGGCCGGAUCGCGAUGUACCACUUUCACCAGCAGCGUUUCGUCAGCUUCGCGGGACGGUCCAAAAGUUGGCAGUGACACGAAAAUGCUCUGUGCUCAUCCACUGCAGUGCUGGAAUUGGUCGUACGGGGACAUAUGCCGCAAUCGAGAUGGCCUACAGGGACCUGAUUGCCAACGACCGAGAAGUGCAAAUGUCUACAAUAUUCCAGCGACUGCGCGACCAGAGGGCCCAUGCAAUCCAGACUGAUUUGCAGGUGCCUUUUAAAUUUGAAAAGCUCCCCUUGCUUUACCAAAAAUUUUUUUUACUUUUUCAGUACCUCUUUCUCCAUCGUGCGCUCAUUGACAUUGCUUUGGAAAAAGGCCGACUGAACCGGGUAGACAAAGCGGGCGGCGUCGACGCGUUCAUCAAAGAAUACGAGGAACUGAUCAAGAGGAAAAGGGAGGAGCGCAAAGAACUGGAACGGAAGCACAAGAGAAGACGUGGAUGAGAUUAGUGAUUGAUAUAUAUGUACAUAUACUAGGCAUUGUUCUUUGUCCCUUAUAUUCACAUACUUCUUGUGCCCGUCUGAUUUUUUUCUCACAAUUGUUGUAUUUCCUGAUUAUUUUUUGUAAUGAUUUUGUAUGUAUUUUACUUGGAUGUUUUUUUUCACUGAAUAAAUAAAUUUGUAAAAUUGGUUGUGUUCU